AAAAAGGAUAAUUUUUUUCCCCAAUUGUCGGAGCUCUGGCCUCUAUUUUCUUCCUCUCCUUCUUCCUCACAGCCGCCGACCCCUUCCGUCCUUUAGUGCUUUUCUCCUCCGGGGAUAAAACCCCGCACCUGCCGACGUUCAGCCUCCAUGAAUCGGCGACAACGUGGGUCUCUUUCUGCCAGUAAUUGCGUCGGCCAUCCUCCUUCAUGGGCAGUUCAGUUUCUAACAUGAAGAAGUUUUCUGUUUAUAGUUUUGGACUAUUUCAAACUGAUCGAUUAGGGUUUAUGGUUGAUUUUAGGUAAGGACAUCCUUCUUGAACAGUCUCAAUUUCCAUUAAGGUUUCCGAAUUGAGUUUUACUUUCUAAAAUUUAUCGUGAUUGUUUUAAGACCUUUCAAGGAAGUUGGCAUUUGUUUAAGAGGUGGUUUUUUGAUCGAGGAUUGUAGGAUUGUCACUCGAGGUAAGUAGAUUCUACAUCCAUUCCAAAAUAUAAAUUUGGAUAGUGUGGCUUGAUGAAUGGUAUAAUAGUUCAUGCUAGAAUAUUAAGUUUGGAAAAUCGAAAAGAAUAUUCGGAUGACUGAAAUUGAGUGAUUGUAACCGGUGUCAUGGAAAGAUGAAAAAUGGCCGAUUUCAAUCAGUUACACACCGCGUUUUCUCAUCACUAAGUGACUAUGUUCCCUCCAUCGCUGCAACCCAAAUUUCGAACCAAACAUUCACUUCUUUGUCAUCAGCCCUGCAACAUUACAUCAAUUCAGAUGAUCCUUCUCAUGGCCAAAAGAUACAUGCGCAUAUUCUCAAAACUGGGUUCAUACCCAAUACAAAUAUCUCCAUCAAGCUCCUCAUAUUGCACCUGAAAUGUGGGUCAUUGAAGUUUGCACGUCAAGUGUUCGAUGUGUUGCCUCAAAAGACACUUUCUGCUUACAAUUAUAUGAUCGGUGGGUACAUAAAGAUGGGAAAAGUACCAGAAUCUCUUGCUCUCGUCCGUGAGCUCAUCAGUUCAGGUGAAAGGCCUGAUGGGUAUACAUUUUCAAUGCUUUUAAAGGCGUCUACAUGUGCACGUGGUGACUCUGUAUUGCGUAGUUUAGGAAGAGUGGUCCAUGCUCAGAUAUUGAAGUCAGAUGUGUCACCAGAUGAUGUACUUUACACGGCGCUUGUUGACUCGUACGUUAAAAACGGUGAUAUAUGUUUUGCUAGGAUGGUGUUUGAUUUGAUGUUGAAAAAGAAUGUGAUAUGUUCGACAUCGAUGAUUUCAGGAUAUAUGAAUCAGGGGUUGGUUGAAGAUGCUGAAGAAAUUUUUAGCAAGACUGUUGAAAAGGAUAUAGUCGUAUUCAAUGCUAUGGUUGAAGGCUAUAGUAAAACACAUGAACAUGCCAAGAAAUCGCUUGAGGUUUACAUUGACAUGCAGCGUUUGUGUUUUUCACCAAAUAUUUCAACAUUUUCUAGUGUGAUCGGUGCUUGUUCAAUGUUGGCAGCUUUUGAAGCAGGCCAACAAAUCCAAUGUCAACUUAUGAAGACUAAAUUCUUCACAGAUAUCAGAAUGGGAAGUGCCCUUCUAGACAUGUACUCCAAAUGUGGAAGAACGGAAGAUGCUCGUCGAGUUUUUGACCAAAUGCCAGAAAGAAAUAUCUUCUCAUGGACGUCUAUGAUAGAUGGAUAUGGCAAAAAUGGAUACCCAAGUGAAGCACUUAACCUCUUUUGCAUUAUGCAAGAGGAACACCAGAUUCAGCCGAACUUUGUUACCUUUCUUAGUGCUCUCUCAGCUUGUGCACAUGGAGGGCUAGUAGAGAGAGGCUGGGAAAUUUUUGAAAGCAUGGAGAGAGACUACUCAUUGAAACCAAAAAUGGAGCAUUAUGCAUGCAUGGUUGAUCUGUUGGGACGUGCAGGAAGUUUACUUCAGGCAUGGGAAUUCAUUAUGCGAAUGCCUGAGACUCCUAAUUCUGAUGUAUGGGCAGCUCUACUGAGCUCAGCAAAGCUUCAUGGAAACAUUGAAAUGGCCUGCAUAGCUGCCAAUGAGCUAUUUAAGUUGAGUGCUAACAGUCGACCAGGGGCUUAUGUGGCAUUAUCUAAUACUUUUGCAGAAGCUGGGAAAUGGGACAAUGUUAGUGAACUGAGAGAGAUCAUGAAGAUAAGAAGAGUUAAAUGUAAAGGUAGCAGUUGGGUUGGGGCUGCUGAUGGCAUCUUAUGACGAUGCAGUUUGCUUGUUUGGUCAAAGAAGUGUUUGUCUAAUUUGAUGUAACGGCCAGUGUUUUACUCUAAGAGAUCUUAAAUGCUGCUUUAAUGGAAAAUGAGCUGAUUGACUAUUGGUUUUCAUCUAAUAAGGCUGAUGUGGUUAUUAAAUUGGAUCUUGAGAAGGCUUUUGAUACAGUGGACUGAGAUUUCUUUAAUGCUAUGUUACGGGCUAAAGGUUUUGGGGCUGUUUGGCAUCAGUGGAUUUGAGGUUGUGUUGCUAGUGCAAACUAUUCUAUUAUUCUUAAUGGCUGCCCUCGUGGGAAGAUCAUUCUUUCUCGUGGUAUUAGGCAAGGAGAUCCUCUUUCUUCGUUUCUCUUUAUCUUGGUUGCUGAUUGUCUGAGUCAUCUCUUGGAGAACAGUUCGUCUCGGGGUCUUAUUGUUUCUCAUUCUAGUAGUAUUUCUUCUCUCACUUUAAAUCAUCUUCAAUUUACAGAUGAUACCUUAUUAUUUUCUAUUGCGGAUCAUUCAGCUUUACUGAAUCUGUUUGAUGUGGUUGGUAUCUUUGAGAGUGCCUCUGAUUUAAAUAUCAAUUGGUCAAAAAGUGAGCUGCUUGGUAUUCACCUCGUUGAUUCUAAUUGUCAAUAGAUGUUGGAUAAAUUUGGUUUUUUUUUUGGGGGGGUGGCCAUCUUUCUAUCUGGGUUUGCCUCUUGUUGGUAAUUCUAAGUGUAUGCCUUUUUGGUAUCCUGUUGUUGAGAAAAUUAAAUACAAGCUCCAUAAUUGGAAAUAUGCAUAUAUCUCUAAAGGUGAAGGUGGCAGACAUACCCUUAUUCAGGCUACACCUGUCUAAUUUACCCACUUACUACUUAUCUUUGUUUCGUGCUCCUAGCUUUGUAAUUUCUAUGUUGCAAAAGUUGGUUUGUGAUUUCUCUUGGGAAGGCUCUCGUGAUGUAGGUGGUAUGCAUAAUAUGAACUGGGAAUCUACUCAAGGUCCAAAAUUAAUGGGGGGCCUUGACAUUAGUAAUUUUCAUCACCGUAAUUCUGUGCUCCUGGAUAAAUGGAUGUGGCGUUUUGUUACUGAACCUGAUGCGUUAUGGCAGAAAGUUAUUGUUGCUAAGCACUUUUUGAGUGGGAGGGAUUGGUCUUCUUCUAGACAUCAAGGCUUUCAUCUUUCCCCUUGGAGAUACAUUUGUCAAAAUGUUGGUUUGAUUGAUAGUUGUGUCCAGGGCCGUAUUAGUAAUGGUUCUACAACCUCUUUUUGGAUAGAUCGUUGGCUUAGUUGUGGUAUUUUAUCUGCUACUUCCCCUUGUAUGUUCCACCUUGCCCUUCGCCCUAAUGAUAUGGUGGCUGAUGUUUGGAUUGCUGAAACUGAAUCUUGGGAUCUUCAUCUUCGUCGUAAUCUUAAUGAUCUAGUAAUUAUUUGAAUGGGCUACUUUAUCGCAUCUUCUCACAUCUGUUCGAUUCUGCCCCUCUACUGAUAUUUGGGUCUGGCCUUUAGAUUCUUCUAGUUCUUGCACUGCCAAAUCUCAUACGGUUGACUUGCUCAAUUCUGUUGAUCCCUUCCCGAAAGAUCUCUAUCGUGUAAUUUGGAUGGACUCUUACCCGAAGAAGAUUAAAAUUUUGUUAUAGGAGCUCAGUCUUGGUGCCAUUAAUACAGUUGAUCGUUUCCAACGUCGUAUGUCAUACAUGCAUCUCUCCCCCUCUUGGUGCUCUAUGUGUUGCCAUUGUUCCGAGACUCAGCCUCAUUUGUUUGCUCAUUGCCCUUUUCCGCAUCGGUUUUGGACUCUUGUUUUGGAUGCUUGCGGGUGGUUUUUGGUUUUACCUAAUUCCAUUUUUGAUCUUUUGGCUACUCUGCUUGUGAGGCAUCCUUUUGAUUGUUCUAGGAAAAUUCUUUGGCUGGCUAUUGUGAGAAGCUUCUUCCGGAAUCUUUGGGGGGAACGCAAUGGGCGAAUCUUUCUGAGACAUGUCUUUUACCUUUGAUCGUUUUUUUGAUUAUGUGCUUACUCAUGCGUAUAACUAGUGUAAUCAUGAGGCUCCAUUAAAUUCUUAUACUCUAUCUUUUUUCCUAUCCCAUUGGAGAGAUUUCUUGUAUCCCUCUAUUUCAUUCAUCAAUGGAAUGUUUCUCCCUACAAAAGUUGGGUCUGUGGAAUUCGUUUUCAAUUUGCUCUGGCAAGAAACAGAGACAAGGUUUUUGUGGCAAGCGGCAGUGUGGGUUCCUCUUAAUGGCGACGACGGCACAAGCGGAAGAAGUCUCAAAAAACUCAAAUUUGAGAACUUGCCUGAUUUCGGAUACCAAUCUGCAAAGAAAACAGGAGUAUUGGUAGACUGGUCAUUGGGGUUGAGACCAUGGGAGUUAGUUGAAUUAAAUCCCAAAAGAGUUUCAUUUGCUUAGUCUUGUAUGAAGACUUUGAUUGGUGCAGUUGUAUGAUUUUUCGUGAAGGAAUUUUUAAGGUCCUGGAGAGAUAAGUUUGGGCGAUUGACGUGGUUUUCUGGAACAAGGCAAUAGACAACAUAGGAGAGUUUUCCUUGAUACUCACUCUUUUCUUAAAACUACUAUUUUUCAGGUUGGGAGAGACAAACCUGGGCGAUUGACGUGGUUUGCUAGAAUAAGGCAAUGGGCAACAUAGGAGAGUUUUGUAGACCCGUGUCUCUAGGUUCUCCCUUGUUUUUCACGCUUAUUUAGUUGCAUUGAUGUAGGAUUGCUCUUUCCAGAUAACUUCUUGUACCUCUAUAUAGUACUCACUCAUUAAAGUUAAGAAAAUUUUGCAAGUGCCACUUGCCAUACUUGGUUGGGAUCUUGGAUUUGAAGCCUUUGAUCAGUGAACCAGCAUGCGCAAAAUUGAUUGGUGAGAGGCAAUAGUAUAGUCUAUAGAUAAGCCCAUUCAAGCAUUCAAGAAGAGCAUCACUCCUAUAAUUACCAACAGGAUGGUUUUGGUGCUUAAAAGUCUAUGUCUAUCAAUGCAUAUUGUGUGAUAUUGUUAAUUUGUCAUUCUCUAUGCAUUCAUGUUUGAACUUUUCGUACUUAGUUUAGAAGUUUUCAAAGUUAUCCAAUGCCAUACUAUUACGUUGCCCAAUUUUUAAAAUAUGUUCUUAAAUGAUCCAAAUGAAAAAGGCAGGCUGGCACAAGCCGGCGCAAUGAGAUUCAUGAGGAAACGAUAUUAGAUCAUGCUUAUAACUGUAUAUUGGCGUUCAUUCCAACAAGGAGCUUUGGAAUUGCUAUAAACUAUAGUAAAAAGUGAUAACAUUAGGUAUGACA